AUGGGGAUGUCACCUCACUACUGCAACAAAAGCAAUGUGUGUGCAACCCCUUGCUAUUACUGGGUUCUUACUUUGUUCACGCUCAUAAGUGUGGUAAUUUCUUACAACCUGGAUACUACAAAAGCUAAAAUAUUCCUGGAUCCCAGUACAAAUUCGUCGUCACCGAAAUCCUCCAGCUAUUUUGGUUUCACGGUUGGGCUGCCUAAUCAUCCAAAAGAUCCUAUACUACUGGUGGGAGCACCCAGAACUAACGACCAGGACGACAAGCUUGGAGGGGUCUAUAAAUGUUAUGUCUCGAACGGAAGUUGCAUCACGUGGGCCCUGGUCCAUGAUGAAGACAACAGUGUUCAUCUAUCACAUAUUUUUGAAUUAAGGAACAAGUCUUGGCUGGGGGCCACGGUGGUGGUGGAGAAUUCAACGAAUCCCAAAAUCGCGGUUUGCGCACCACUAUUUAAGGCAUAUUACCCACAAUUUUCGAAAUUGUCGUACAGAGUAAACGGCAUGUGCUUUUCCAUGAACGCAAACCGUUUGGAUACUGAAAGCAAAAAUAUCAGACACUUCCCAUACUUUGAUAAAAAACAAUUCUUACGAAUAAAAAACAUAACUGUGAACUAUCACGCCUUUGGUGAGGCUGGAUUCUCGGCUCACAUUGCACCUGACACUCAUCACUUAGUAAUUGGGGCUCCAGGUAUAUUUAACUUCACGGGUUCAGUGAUGGUACUCGACCGUACCCUUGAUAGCGUCUCGAUCAAGUCGUAUAAUUAUCCUAAUAUUAAGGAUGAUACACAUUUUCAGUCAAACAGCUAUCUUGGUUAUUCAAUUACUUCUGGGAAUUUUAACAAACAAGGUGAGCGUCUCUACGCCUCUGGGGCUCCUCGAAGCGACAAUUUAAGGGGAAAAGUAAUAAUUUUCAAGUUUCCAAUGGGCAAGGAUCAGCUACUAAUAAUCAACAAAACAUUUGUGGGUGAACAAAUCGGUGAAUACUUCGGCUCAAGUUUGACGGCCUGCGAUGUUAACGGCGAUGGCAGGGACGAUUUGAUAGUCGGGGCUCCUCUAUGGUCCAGUGAAGCUGAAGAAGGACGCGUGUAUGCUUACUUGGACUGGAAAACCUAUCGCAUCGAAGGUCAAUCGCUAUUUGGACGCUUUGGCACCUCGGUUGCAUGUCUGGGCGACCUCGACGGCGAUGGAUUCCACGAUUUGGCGGUAGGAGCGCCCUACGAAGAUAAUCGUCGAGGAGCCGUCUACAUUUACAACGGCGGUGAUGAUCGCGACCUAUUCCGUGGACACAGCCAGCGUAUAACCACCUCGAGCGUGUCCUUGUCGACACCGUUGCAAGGUUUUGGACAAUCUAUCAGUGAGCCGGCUCGCGACGUUAACGGUGACGGCAGCCCUGAUCUAGCCGUGGGUGCUUACAUGUCCAGCCACGCGGUCCUCCUUUUCGGCAAGCCUGUCGUCAAAGUAACCGCUGAGCUCGAGCGAUUCGACAACACGAGCUCUCCCUGGAAUUCGACGCAUUUUGCCUUCAAAGCUUGCGCCAAAUACAACGGAGCGCACGCCCCGGCUAACCUUAAUGCAAGUAUUGUUGUAACUUUAUAUGAAAGUACUGAUUACCCUGGAGAACGCAAUUUGGGUAUAUACGAAAGAAAGUUUCUAACCUUACAACACGAUGAACGCCAUUGUGAAGUUUUUUUCAUGCCAUGGAAUGGUACAGAAAAAAGCUUGGUAUAUCCAAUAGUUAUCCAUAUGAAUUUGAUAUGUGGACACAAGGAUCUGACCGACUCCAACUGUCCUAUGAUACAUAAAAAAUCAAAAAUUUCCGACAGUAUGUUAGGAUACUUUCGUAACUGCGGCCUUGACUACAUAUGUACUGCGGAUUUGCAAGUAAACAUAACAAGUGGUAAUUUGGGUCCCAACAAUGGCAGUACAAUCAUCUUCGAGUCAAACGUAGAAGCGACGAUUGUUGUUGAAAAUAAAAAAGAGCCCGCGUAUCUCGCACGAGCGCACAUUUACAUUCCAGCACCAAUCGUUAUAGAUAAAAUGCCUUCAUCCUGCAAAAAAUCAUUGAUAGGCAAGGAGAUGCUGGAAAUUAUUUGCAAUCUUGGAAAUCCCCUGCAUUAUAGCAAUACCAUACCCAUUGGACUUGACAUGAGCGCAGUACAGGAUACUGAAAAAUCCAAAGAAAUUGAAGUUAAAGUAACUAGUUUAGGAAGUAAAGAUUAUAAAAAAUCAUUAUUAAUUAACUUCGCCGAAGCAGAUCUUAAUUUUAUCAGAAGAUCACAAAAAGAACAGUAUUCAUAUAUGGAGAGUGAAGUGAUCGAAACAGAUGGGAAACGUUUUAUUUUUAAUCACAUUUACGAACUGUACAAAAUCGGAAUUUUUCAAAUCCAAAAAGCCAUUCUUUUUGCCUAUGUUCCCAUGUAUUUCCGAGACCAAAAGAUAUCAAGUACAAAGAUUCGUGGCACCAUUGACGGAAGUGAAUGUAAUUGUAGACUGGAGAAGGCAUCAGUAAACAUGUAUAAUUUUACUGACGAAAAGAGUGAGUUGGAUCUACCUCCUUUGCCACAAGAGACAAUGUUUUCCAUAAAUUGCAUGAAUCCUCAUGUAAAGUGCCAUAUACUACGUUGUGACAUUGGUCCUUUCCUUCAAACGACAUCUACAGCAAAAAUAAUUGUAACUGUAGACUUACAAAUCUCGAAUGCCAUAGUUAAAGAAGCCAAAGGAAAAAACAUUACAUUCAUAAGUCAAGGGCAUAUCGAACUUGUUAUUCCCAAGAUGAGCACCGAAGCAAAUAACAAAUCAAAGCAUUCAAUGCAUGUCUCUACUGUGUUUUACCGUCGUGCUGAUGAUAGUGUCGUACCCAUAGGCCUGAUUAUUUUAUCAGUAUCAAUUGGAUUCGUUAUUUUGCUUAUUAUAAGCUUAGUAUUGUUCAAGCUAGGAUAUUUUAAAAGAAAGUCGAAGGAACCAUAACAAUCCUCAGAGGCGACUGGUGAAGAAAAGUCAGACAAUACUACGGAGUGA